CAAGAAUUGGAGCACUAAUAACAACAACAACAAAAAAGCAACAACAACCACUUAGCACAAUGGCCAGUCGGAGUCGGACUAUAUUAAAUGUUAAUCUCGAUACGGUCAUGGCCAACGAUCCGUUGCGUGAGCUGUUCGAGGCCUGCAAAACAGGUGAAAUAGCCAAAGUGAAGAAGCUGAUAACGCCACAAACGGUUAAUGCUCGUGACACAGCUGGACGCAAAUCGACGCCAUUGCAUUUUGCAGCGGGCUAUGGCCGCCGUGAGGUUGUUGAGUAUCUGCUGAACAGCGGCGCCUCCAUUCAGGCCUGCGAUGAGGGUGGCCUGCAUCCGCUGCACAACUGCUGCUCAUUUGGACAUGCGGAGGUUGUGCGUCUGCUGCUCAAAGCCGGCGCCAGUCCGAAUACCACGGACAACUGGAACUACACGCCGUUGCAUGAGGCGGCCAGCAAGGGGAAAGUGGAUGUAUGUUUGGCGCUGUUGCAACAUGGUGCCAAUCACACCAUACGCAACUCGGAGCAGAAGACACCACUCGAGCUGGCGGAUGAUGCAACGCGUCCGGUUCUGACCGGCGAAUAUCGCAAGGAUGAGCUACUCGAGGCGGCCCGUUCCGGUGCCGAGGAUCGUCUGCUUGCGCUGCUCACGCCCUUGAAUGUCAAUUGCCAUGCGAGCGAUGGACGCCGAUCGACGCCGCUACAUCUUGCUGCUGGUUACAAUCGCAUUGGCAUUGUCGAGAUCCUGUUGGCCAACGGCGCCGAUGUGCAUGCCAAGGAUAAGGGCGGCCUGGUGCCGCUGCACAAUGCCUGCUCCUAUGGUCAUUUCGAUGUGACCAAACUGUUGAUUCAGGCGGGCGCCAAUGUCAAUGCCAACGAUCUGUGGGCUUUCACGCCGCUCCACGAGGCUGCCUCCAAGAGUCGCGUCGAGGUUUGCAGCCUGCUGCUGAGUCGCGGCGCCGACCCAACGCUCCUUAACUGCCACAAUAAGUCGGCUAUCGAUGCUGCACCCACGCGGGAGCUACGCGACCGCAUUGCCUUUGAGUACAAGGGACACUGUCUGAUGGACGCGUGCCGCAAGUGCGAUCUGUCGCGUGUCAAGAAACUCGUCUGUGCCGAAAUUGUGAACUUCGUGCAUCCGUACACGGGGGAUACGCCACUGCAUUUGGCUGUCGUCAAUCAGGAUGCGAAACGCAAGCAGCUGGUGGAGCUGCUCACACGCAAAGGAUCUCUGCUGAAUGAGAAGAACAAGGCGUUCCUUACGCCGCUGCAUCUGGCUGCCGAGCUGUUGCACUACGAUGCGUUGGAGGUGCUGCUCAAGCAGGGCGCCAAGGUGAACGCCUUGGAUAGCAUCGGCCAGACGGCGUUGCAUCGUUGCGCCCGUGAUGAGCAGGCGGUCAGAUUGCUGCUCUCCUAUGCGGUGGACAGCAGCAUUGUGUCGCUGGAGGGUCUGACUGCCGCCCAGCUCGCUUCGGAUAGUGUGCUGAAGCUGUUGAAAAAUCCGCCAGAUAGCGAGACACAUCUGCUGGAGGCAGCCAAGGCUGGUGAUUUGGAUGCAGUACGUCGCAUAGUGCUAAAUAAUCCGCACACGGUGAACUGUAGGGAUUUGGAUGGACGCCACUCGACACCGCUGCAUUUCGCAGCCGGUUUCAAUCGUGUGCCUGUCGUGCAAUUUCUGCUGGAGCAUGGCGCCGAGGUCUAUGCAGCGGACAAGGGCGGCUUGGUGCCGUUGCACAAUGCCUGCUCCUAUGGACACUACGAGGUCACCGAGCUGCUCGUCAAGCAUGGCGCCAAUGUUAAUGUCUCCGAUCUGUGGAAAUUUACGCCGCUGCACGAGGCCGCCGCCAAAGGCAAAUAUGAUAUAUGCAAGCUGCUGCUCAAGCACGGUGCUGAUCCCAUGAAAAAGAAUCGUGAUGGCGCCACGCCCGCCGAUCUGGUCAAGGACUCUGAUCACGAUGUCGCCGAACUGCUGCGCGGUCCUUCAGCUCUGCUCGAUGCCGCCAAGAAGGGCAAUCUGGCAAGGGUGCAGCGUCUGGUGACGCCAGAAACGAUCAACUGCCGGGACUUGAACGGACGCAACUCGACACCGCUGCAUCUCGCUGCUGGCUAUAAUAAUUUCGAGUGUGCCGAGUACUUGCUGGAGCAUGGCGCCGAUGUGAAUGCCCAGGAUAAGGGCGGACUCAUACCACUGCACAAUGCCAGCUCUUAUGGUCAUCUGGAUAUUGCUGCGCUGCUGAUCAAGCACAAGACGGUGGUCAAUGCCACAGAUAAAUGGGGCUUUACCCCGCUGCACGAGGCUGCCCAAAAGGGGCGGACGCAACUGUGCUCCUUGCUUCUGGCCCACGGUGCUGAUGCCUAUAUGAAAAAUCAGGAGAUCCAGACACCCAUUGAACUGGCCACAGCGGAUGAUGUGAAGUGUCUGCUGCAGGAUGCCAUGGCCACGUCGCUCAGUCAGCAUGCGCUAAGCGCAUCGACGCAAUCCCUAGCUGCAGCCGGAUGCUCUCCAGCACCAGAGGCUGCCUGCAGUGGAGUAGCUGCCGCACAAGCAGCACAACCAUCAACCUCAGCAGCAGCAGCAGCAGGAGGAGCAGGAGCAGCAGCAGCGUCAACUGCUUCCGCUGCACUGUUGUCGCCCACCACGGAGACGGUGCUGCUGCCAUCGGGCGCUUCUAUGACGCUUAGCGUGCCGGUGGCAUUGCCCAUUAAUAGCUGCAACACACGCAUGAGUCCCGCCCAGGGUGCCGAGGCAAAUGGGACUGAGAACACGGGCAGUGAGGAACUGCUGCAAGAUCCGGAGUCCAUAACAAAUGUCUCCGGUUUCUUGAGCAGCCAGCAGUUGCAUCAUCUGAUCGAGCUAUUUGAGCGCGAGCAAAUCACCCUCGACAUUCUCGCUGAGAUGGGCCAUGAUGAUCUCAAGCAGGUGGGCGUGUCCGCCUACGGUUUUCGACACAAGAUUCUCAAGGGCAUUGCCCAGCUGAGAGCCACCACGGGCAUUGGCAACAAUGUGAAUCUAUGCACACUGCUGGUGGAUCUGCUGCAGGAUGACAAGGAAUUCAUAGCCGUUGAGGAGGAGAUGCAGGCCACCAUACGCGAGCAUCGCGAUAAUGGCCAGUCGGGUGGCUACUUCACACGCUACAACGUAGUGCGGGUACAAAAGGUGCAGAAUCGGAAAUUGUGGGAGCGUUAUGCGCAUCGCCGUCAGGAGAUUGCCGAGGAGAACUUUUUACAGUCAAAUGAGCGUAUGCUCUUCCACGGCAGUCCCUUCAUCAAUGCGAUUGUGCAGCGUGGAUUUGAUGAGCGACACGCCUACAUUGGCGGCAUGUUCGGUGCGGGCAUUUAUUUUGCGGAGCACAGCUCCAAGAGCAAUCAGUAUGUCUAUGGCAUUGGCGGUGGCAUUGGCUGUCCAUCGCACAAGGACAAAUCCUGCUAUGUAUGCCCCAGGCAAUUGCUGCUGUGCCGCGUUGCGCUGGGCAAAUCAUUUUUGCAGUAUAGCGCGAUGAAGAUGGCCCAUGCCCCGCCUGGCCAUCACUCGGUGAUCGGACGUCCCUCGGCGGGCGGCCUGCACUUUGCUGAAUAUGUUGUCUAUCGGGGUGAACAGUCUUAUCCAGAGUACUUGAUAACCUACCAAAUCGUCAAGCCCGAUGAUAAUAACAGCGGCACGGAGGAAACAAGAUGAUGGAUGCCUUCGGUUGGCUCGACGCCCACAACAACAUCGCCGGCACCGCAACCACAGCAACCACAACCGACCUCAGCGCCAGCAGCAGUUGCAGCUAUAGCUGCUGCUGCAGCUCCAGCUACAGCUGUUGUUGCCACAGUAACUGUUACAGCCACAGCUCCAGUUGCCAAGCGGCGUUCUCGGCACGCCAAGCAGCCAACAUUGCCACAUCUGCCGCUGCAGUUGCAGUAUCAGCAUUAUCAGCCGCAGCAGCUGGCGACGCAUCCAGUGACGACGACGCAGCCAACACUAGCGGGUGUCUUUCACAACACGCACAACAACAACACCAACAAUCAUCGUUAUAGCAAUAAUAACAACAACAGCAGCAACAGCAACAACAGCAAUAAUAACAACAAUGAUAUGUCGCCCAUAUCGAAUAGUAAUAGCUAUUCAUCGGUGGACACAAAUCAAACGCUACUCAACUCCAUUGCCAAUCAGCGCGGCAGCAGCAAUCAACAACAACAACACCAACAGCAGCAAAAACGUCAGCCACAUAGCCGCAGUCGAAAAUAUAGUCAAUUUAUGAUCGUCACGCCCGCCGUCUCCAUCGAUCGCGAUUUUGAAUACGAAUCGCAUUUGGAUUUCGAGGACUUUGCCAAUGCAGCGCACAACAAUGGCAAUCUAUUCCGGCUUGGACUGCGCCGUAACGAUAGCAGCAGCGAUGACAGCGGACACAGUAGCGACAGCAGCUUUCGCUCCAAUUACAAUCCCUAUUUGCAUCACAGCCGCCAACAUUUGCUCGCCAAGAAGAGCAAUAAUAACUCUGGAGGCGGCGGUGGCGGCAACAGUGCUCGCAAUUUUUAUGCAUUCUCCUCCACCUCGUGGCGCUGGUGUACGUUGCUGUGUGCGGCGAUGCGUUGCUUUGGAGCCGGACACGGCAAUCAGGCGCCAUACAGCAGCUCCUUUGUGCAGCAUCAUCGUUUGCGUCGCUGUUCGUCGUACAAUGCGGAGACCGCAUAUGAUUAUGAGCAUUUUGCGGCGCCAUUUAAGGCGCGUAAGACACGCGAUCAUAUGAAUAAUAUUACAUACGAGUUGUGACGGUGGCCGCUGCCAAAAUCCGUACAGCAUUUUGAUCUCUUUGUCGCCGUUGUAUUUGUUGUUGGUCUACUCCUAAAACUUCAGCUCCUUAUUAGACUUUUAUUACAAUUAUUAGCUAUAAAUGUCGUGUACUGUGUGUCGUCGUCGUCGUUGAUUCUAGCUAUAAAUCGAUCGUCAAAUCAAAAAAGAGCAGCACAUUUUUUGAGUGAUUUUAAUUCGAACUUACGAGUAAUAUUAAUAAAUAUUUAAAACUAACGAUUA